CAGAGUGUGCUUUGGUGUGUGAUUGUGAAGGCGUCCAAGACGUAGAAGUGACGGAAUGUGAUUCUGGAAGCACUCGGGAAGUGCCAUCUUUCAGAAAGGUUCAAGUGACCGAUAAUGGCCGCAGUUGGCCUACUCCUGACUUGAACAAGCCUCGUACUCGAACUCAUUCUGAACGUAGGAAAACGAUGUACCUCAGGUCCUCGAAAGAUCCUGAGCAGCCACAACGAUAUGUUGAAAUGGGGGAGUGGUUGAUAGACUCAAAGUUUAGAAAGUAUCAUGCGUCAUCGCGGGAUCACCUAAGUGCUAAUGGCCAGCAUCGAUUGACGAAAUCAUUACCCCAUAGAAGAAGUCAACGGAUGAUUGGUUCUGCAUCGACUGGGUCCUCGACGGCUGUUCCACAUCUUGGCCGCUUCCUAAAAGCGCCGUUCAUCAAGCCAUGUAUCCUGAAGAUAAAUCGCAUGAAUGUGCCGCACCUAAACAAGAAAGAUGGGUCAAUCAAGGACAAGAAAUAGGAUUUGGAAACGAAGUCAAAAUGCCCCAGUGAGAGUGCCAGUACAACUUGAUUUUUAGAAGGGUCCACUCAUUUCUACUUCAUAUAGUACGUGAAGUUAUGUCCUGGUCAGCCAUCAUCGAAAAAGACUAUGGCAUGCUCAAAGAACCAGAUAAGCUUAUUCUUCGUGCUGUACUGUUCUGUCGAGAUACUGCUAUUUGCGGGGACAAUCUUCGGCUGGCAUUCCCUGAAUUAUGUUCUAAAGAAGGAAGGAUAUUUUGCGUACCUUUGCCGCGAUUUGGAGAAUGGGACGUUGUCUGCUGAUCACAAAUACUCAAACUACUCGGCUGUUACAACGGAGGCGUCUGUGCGGACCGAGUUAACAGAUGCUGCGCGGAACAGAACGGAUGUUGACAAGAUCAUUAUCUGUGAUCCGCAGGAUUCUGCCUUCAACUUGAUCUUUACGCUUGCCGUCUGCAUUACUGGUGGAUCAGUGUUUUUCUGCGGAUUCCUCUUUGACAAGUGUGGGACAAGAUUCUGCCGUUACAUCAGUUUGGCGUGUGCCAUCGUCUCCUUCCCUUUGAUUGCAUUUUCAACUCCUGAAACGUCUGUUCUUCUCUACCCUGGCAUGAUCCUGUUCAGUUUUGGCUGCUAUAUUUUGUUGCUGAGCAAUCUUCAAGUCGCCUGUCUCAUUCCUGCGAAGAAGUCAACAUUUAUGUGUGUGAUGUGUGGGUCGUUUGAUGCAGGGUCAGCUGUAUUUUUGACUCUUAAGAUUUCUUACGCCGCUGGAUUUUCACUGCGAAGUUACUUCCUCUGUAUGUUUGCAAUGUUCAUGACGAUGGUCGGUACUAGCACCAUUCUGUUGCACCCGAAGUACCACAUUAAGAAUCCUCUCCCUCCCGACUACGAACCCCUGUCGAUAUCGAGAUUCAUCCGGCGCAGACGUGAAAAGAAAACAUCAACAGAUGCUGUCGAGAAACUCUCAAAAGAUGAAGAGGAGAGAGCUCCAGCAAUAACUGUUCCAGCUGUUUCCAUCUCUACUGAUAAAGAUUACAACUCGGCUGAAAAUGUUCGAAAUCAUGAUUCGUGUCCUCAGAAUAAAUUUCUAAAACCUGCUGGUGAUGAUAGAAAUUUUAUGGUGCGUUCCAUGGACAGACUUCAUGUUUUACGAGACACUAACUUUGAAAAGGCACUGUCGUUACAGUCGUUGCAAGAUUUCGCAGACGUGCCUGUAGAGAGGCGCAGGUCUGAGGAAUUGACGUUAUUUGUCGGAAGUCAUGACAACUUGGCGAAAAAUCAUGUCGAUACCCCAGGGGCGGGAUCUGUGAGUAAGCCUGGUGAUGAUUUAAAACAGCUAACAUUCAAGGAAAUCCUACUCAGUGGUAUCUACAUGUUGGACCUGUUUUGGAUAUCCGUCCUACGAUUGAGGAGUUGGUUCUUCAUGGGGACGUUCAAUCCUCAGAUCACUUUCAUGGCCAAGGGCGACGAUGCAAUUGUCAGUCACUAUACUUCAGUGUUCGCCAUCAUGCAGUUCUUUGGAUUCAUGCUUGCUCCCAUCAGUGGUAGACUGAUGGAUCGAAAGAAAAGGAAAACCGAUGGGGAUCCUCGUUUACUGAAAAUAGCUCAAGUGGAAGUGUGCGUGCUGUCGUUUGCCUUGGACAGUUUUAUUAGUGUCCUGAUGUCUAUAGGAGCCUGCAUUCCCAUCCUUGAGGUCCAGUAUGUCACUUGUGCCUUAUCGGUCGUCCAGAGAGCUUUCAUGUAUGGACCCAACUCGGCAUUUAUAGCUCAAGUGUUUCCAUUGAAGCAUUUUGGAAAGCUGUUUGGCAUGUACAUGACAGUCUCAUCCGUGUUUAGUUUGCUGCAGUUCCCGAUGUUUAUCCUGAUGCAAGGACCACUCAAAGGAGACCCACUUAUUAUGAACGUGAUCCUGCUGGUGUUGAUGGUGCUGUCUUUCAUCCAUCCGGUAUACCUUUGGUGGUUUUGUCGGUCGUCUCGGCAGAAGUUCAAGAAGGAAAAGGAAGCGCAAAGCUGAGUGACGACUUGCGUUAGACAUUGUUAGAUUUAGAAAACCAUUCAACUGGUGCUGUUGCUAUUGUCUUUCAUCUACCAUGAAAAUCUUGUAGAAUAGCUUUUGGGGAGAUGCUUACAUUGUGUUCAUGAGCAUUUUCAGAAUUUUCGGAUGCCACAAAAUAUUGAGUCUCAUUGAUAUUUAAUAGCUUUCUUUGCUGGAAAUACCAGUUGGUGGUAAGCAGAAAUUUUUUUCUUGAGGUCUUAUUUGUUUGACGCUCUGUCUGUUUUGAUCAUGACUUGGCUAGGUCACUAGUUUAAUUUUGAGGAACUGAAACUCUCAACUCAUGAAUCUCAAAAAUACUCUCUUUGUGAAUUUUGAUCAUAACCCAGCUUGCUCACUAGUUUAAUUUUGAGGAACUGAAACUCUCAACUUAUGAAUCUCAAAAAUACUCCCUUUGUUAAUUUUGAUCAUAACUUUGGUUGCUCACUAGUUCAAUUUUGAGGAACUGAAACCUCUCAACUCAUGAAUCUCAAAAAUACUCCCUUUGUUAAUUUUGAUCAUAACUUUGGUUGCUCACUAGUUCAAUUUUGAGGAACUGAAACUCUCAACUCAUGAAUCUCAAAAAUACUCCCUUUGUUAAUUUUGAUCAUAACUUUGGUUGCUCACUAGUUCAAUUUUGAGGAACUGAAACCUCUCAACUCGAUGAAUCUCAAAAAUACUCCCUUUGUUAAUUUUGAUCAUAACUUUGGUUGCUCACUAGUUCAAUUUUGAGGAACUGAAACUCUCAACUCAUGAAUCUCAAAAAUACUCCCUUUGUUAAUUUUGAUCAUAACUUUGGUUGCUCACUAGUUCAAUUUUGAGGAACUGAAACCUCUCAACUCAUGAAUCUCAAAAAUUCUCCCUUUGUUAAUUUUGAUCAUAACUUUGGUUGCUCACUAGUUCAAUUUUGAGGAACUGAAACUCUCAACUCAUGAAUCUCAAAAAUACUCCCUUUGUUAAUUUUGAUCAUAACUUUGGUUGCUCACUAGUUC